AGCAAGGUUCUGCUGUGUCGCCUACAAACUAGACAUUGGGUAAUUUACGCAUGAAAACUUCUUGACUUCACUGCCCUUUUUCCCCACAAUGGCCUCCUCAUCAGUUGGAGAUAAUCAACUGCAGAGGAUAAUCAGAGAUCUGCAUGAUGCUGUGUCAGAGUUGAGUAAAGAACACAAUGAGUGUGGUGAACCCGUAACUGAUGACAGCUCCUACCUUCACAAGUUCUUCUAUAAACUAGAAUACCUGCUGCAGUUUGACCAGAAAGAGAAGACAACCUUUCUUGGUCAGAGGAAGGACUACUGGGAUUACUUCUGCGACUGCCUGCUUAAAAUCAAGGGAGCUAAUGAUGGCAUCCGUUUUGUUAAGUCCAUCCCUGAGUUGAAGACAUCACUGGGGAAAGGAAGGGCAUUUAUCCGCUACUCGCUCGUUCACCAGCGUCUUGCUGACACACUGCAGCAAUGUCUUACAAACCAGAAGGUCACAAGUGACUGGUAUUAUGCUCGUAGUCCCUUUCUCAAGUCUCAUCUCACUGCUGACAUAAUCAACCAUCUUUAUGAGCUCAACCAGAUCCAAUUUGAUGUGGCAGCCAGAGGUUACGACCUUGAUGCAGACUGGCCAAAAUUUGCAAGGAGAACAUUAGGCACUGCCACACCAGCAUCUCUGUGGAGGCCUCCUAGUCGCUGCUCCAGCAUCAACAGCCUCAUUAGCAGCUACUCACACUCACAGGCACAGGAGUUUCUUCCAAUCCCAGACUUUAGUCAAAGUCUCCUUGGUGAACUGGGAGAACCCUCUCCUUGCAGCAUUGCAGAGAACCUCCGCAUUGAGCUCGACCAGUCGGAGCUCAGACAGCAAGAGCUUCUGAUCCAGGUUCAGGAGUUCGGGAAAGAAGCUACGGAGCUAAAAGGUGUGGUUAAAGACCUUCAAGGCCAACUGUUAGCAGUUCAGAAGUCAUCUAGCCACUCUGUAUCUACUGCAGUCCAAAGUAUCCAAGAAACAGAAAAUCAGGAGAGCGCAAAUCACCUUCAAACCUGUAGUGAAGCAAUACACCGUGAACUUCACGACAGACUCACUGCUGCUGAAAACAAAAAUAUGGAGCUUCUUUCUAAGUUGGAUGAGACUCUCAGAAAAGGACAUCAAACUGCUAGCUAUUGCAACUCGACCUGGAAAAUCCAGGAGCUCCUGGAUAAACAAAAGACCACUGAGGAGAAACAUUUGGAGGUGAAAAGAGAGGCUGAAGACAGGGCCAGGCACUCUGAGCAUUUGUCCCAGGAACUAAAACUCAGGGAAGAAGAGUUGAGGAACAGUGAGGAAAAGCUGGCUGAAGUAACAGCCCAAGCUCAUGACGAACGUGAGGAGGCACUCAAACGGUUGGAGGAGCUCCAAAGUGCAGUCAGGCGAAUUCAGGGGGCGUUGAGUUUGAAAGAGAAGGAGACGGGGAACUUGAGAGCCCAGCUUCAGGAUUUACAAUCAUCACUGGAGUGCAGAGAGCGGCAGGCGGAGGACCUGAGGAAAAGACUGCAUGAGGAAAGGGCGGAGGUAGAGCAGAGAUGGAGCAUGAGUAGUAGCCAGAAUGAAGAACUAGAGACCCAACUCUUGGAUCAAAGAAGAGCUCUAAAAAUCAGAGAGAAAGAGCUGGCAGUUAGUUCAGAGAGAAUCAAGCAUUUAGAAGAGCAGUUGGAGAAAUUAAAUGUUGAAAAAGAAAAUCUGAGCUUGAGACUUGCUGUUAAUGAAGUUGUUUUUUCUAAGAACAUUGAGGACUACAAAACCAGAUGCAGCAAUCUCAUAGAAACAAACGCUAAGCUACUCCAAUCAGUUACGAAGAGUGAGGGGAGCAUUAUAGAGCUGACUGAGAGCAGGGCAGCUGUGUUAGAGCAGCUAGCUUCUUUGAGGGCUUCUGAAAAACACUUAAAGGGCCGAGUUGAGGUUGCAAAGAUGUGUGUGGAAGAUCGAGAGAAGAAGCUCCUAGAUGAAAACCUUCAUUUGGAGGAGACAGUCCAAAAGACGCUUAUCCAGAAGGAAAUUUCUAAUGCUCAAUUUAAGAAGCUCGAGCAUGAGAACAGGGAGCUUUUUGAGGUUCAGUCCUCGUUAAAGAAACAGUUAGCCACAACUCAACAAGAACUGGACUUAUUCACUACCAAAGCUGAAACAUUGGACCAGAACCUCAUUGUGUCCCAAAGAAGCCAAGCAGAGUUACUUGAAAAACUCAAAGAAACUGAGGCUAAAGUGAAAGAACAGACUGUUGAACGUGGGCAUCUGCAAGUUAGAGCUGAAGAGCUGGAGAGCGGGACAGGGGAGCUGCACGAUGAAAAAGGAGCUGCAAAGAGCAAUGAAAAAAUGCAGAAACUUCAUAAAGAGCCACGGGCAUUCUCAGUGGAAACCAAAGAGGCCCCGUUCAGACAAGUUAUUGCUGAGGCUCAACUGGAGCUCAAUCUCAGGGAGGUGCAGCGGCUCCAGGAAGAGGUGGUGGAGCUCAGGGCUCGGCUUCUAGCAGGAACUGAGGAGAGGAUGAAGGUUCAGGCAAUGCAGGAGGUGACAGAGUCCUCUAAGGAGGACCUCCGUGUCUUAGCAGAACAACUGAAAGCCCAGGUAGAGGAGCUAAACCGCCGGCAUGUGGAUGAGAUUCUUCGAUCGCGGGAGCGAGAGGAGGCUCUUAUUCGGGAGCGUGACGGAGAGGCUCAGGCUCGGGCAAGUUUGGCUGCUGAGGUGACUGCCUCCAGAGAGGAGCUCAACAAACUGAAGCUGGGUUAUGAAGCCUUGUGUCUGGACAACAGUGAAUCCAGGGAGGCUCUCCAUAGAGCCAAUACAGAAACAGCUGAACUCGGUGUGCAUGUGUGUAUGCUAACUGCUGAGAAUGAAGAGGCUCGUCUGCGCUGGGAGGGCUUGUCAACAAGGCUGCAAGAGCUGGACAAGGAGGCAGCUCAGGAGGCAGAGAGGCUGAAUACUUGCAUGGAGCAGCUGAGUCGGGAGAAUCAUCGGCUCCUUGGUCAGCUUCAUAAUGAUGACGGUUUAUUGGCCACCAAGCAGGAGCUGCAGGUUAAGCUGUUUAAGGUCCAACAGGAGGCCGAAACUGUGCAGGAGACAUGCCAGGAGGAGAUCCAGGCUCUCCGCUCACAGCUUAGCAGCCAAGCCCUGAGCUACGACAGCCAGCUCCAGAUAGUGAAUCAAGAGUUACAGGAAGUGAAAUUACAUCUGAUGGCUGAGCAGGAGAAAGUCGUCACCCUGGAGAACAAAUUAAAAAAGCUAGAGGCUGAGAAUCAGAAAUAUUGCCAACAGAUUGAGGAGAAAAAAAUCCAGAUGGCCGAUUCUGAAAAUCUCAUCCAGCAGAAAGAAGAUGAGAUAAUCCAUCUGAAAGGGAAUCUAUCAAGGUCUAAGGAUGCUCUAGCAGUGGCUCAGCAGACCUGUCAGGAAAUGAGUGAAAAUCUACGGAGAGUCACACAGGACAAACAAAGCUUUGAUCUUCGGACAGCUGCUGAACUCGAUGAUCUUUAUCGCACGAAAAUCAAUUUGGAAGAAAGGCUUGUAGAACUCAUCAGGGAGAAAGAUGCAAUGUGGCAGAAGACAGAUGCCCUGGAGUUUGAGCAGAAACUGCGCGAUGAGGAGAUGGAGAGGGACGUCAACUACUGUCUGGGCUGUCACAGUCAGUUCAGCUGGUGGCUCCGCAAGUACAGCUGCAGACUGUGUGGGCGUCCCUUCUGCUACUACUGCUGCAGUAACACAGUGAGCACCCAGCAGGGUGGCCCCAGAGAGCGCUGCUGCAGGGACUGUUACAACCAGCACAGUGCAGUAGUUGAGCGCCACCCAGAGGAGGAAGUGACUAACAGCACACCGGGGACACCUUUCAGUCGUUUGCUGCAGGCUGGAAGAACUGUGACAAGUGUUUCGGGAGCAGUUGAAGGUGACAAGUUGGAUGAUGGCGUUUUUGACAUCAUUACAGAGGAGGAAGUGAGUGGGGUCUAUGACAGUGACUCCCUCUCUUUUGCAACCGCUUGCUCUCCUGGACACGUACAGCAGGGGGCAGCACAACUAAACAGCAGUGCCAGUGCAGGAGACCUAACACCAGAAGAUACUGAGGACCUCAGUGCUGCAGUACAGGAUGCGGAGAUCUGCCUGCUAAAGUCUGGAGACCUCACACUCUCCGUCCACUUCACAGUGAAUGACAUGUCAGGGUUUGGGGACAGCUCCCGAGAGCUUUUCAUCAAGUCCAGCUGUUACAGCACCAUCCCCAUCACCAUGAGUGUUCCUGGUCCUACUGUCUCCUGGACGUUCACCUCUGAACCCAAGAGCAUCUACUUCAGUGUGGUCUACAGGGAGACUACAGAGACUCCACUAGAGCAGGCCAAGGUCUUGAUCCCACUGACUCGCUGUAACUCUCACAAAGAGACAAUCCAGGGGGAACUGAAAGUCAGAAACGCUGGAGAAUACACACUAAUCUUUGACAACUCUUUCUCCAGGUUCAUCUCAAAGAAAGUGUUGUAUCAUCUGAGUCUAGACAAGCCUGUGGUCUACGAUGGAACUGACCUUCUCUGAACUUGGCAGCAAGGAUGAGAAAUAGGUGUAAAACUGACUUUUGAAGCAUUAAGGGUCUUUAAGGUUAUAAUUUCAAGGCAACUGGUUUGGAAACUACUGACUUUAACAACCUCAAUGAAAGGUUACAGAAUUUCAAAAUGUCUCUCAUUUUGCAGCUCUUAAUUUCAUGAGGUGUUACAGCUGGAACACACCCCACGCUUAACUCUGGGUUUCUACCAACUGGGGAACGGCUGCGUGUCGGCUCUGUGCUCCGCCGUCCUUUAAUAUCAACCAGUUUCUGAUUUUUUGCAGAAAGUCUGCGGCCAUGACUGACAGCUUUGUUUCUUUGCUCAACCUCCUGUGCUUGUGUGUGUCCGAUAAAUUGGGUGCCGAAAUAAAAACUGCUGCGCUACGCUGCUAUAUGCGGUGCUUGCAUAUACGCGUGCUCCUAGUGAUGAUGUGUUCCUGCUGUAACACAUCAUAUAAGUAUGGAUCAUGAGAGGCUGAAAACAAUGAAGUAAAACAAUGUUACACUAAUGAAUGUGAGCGUGCACUACGUUUAAAAAAAUACUGACGUAGUUUAAAUGUAGCAUUAAGGGUAUCAAACUUCACUCCGAAAUGACUAGAGGAUUGUUGCAUAUUUAAUUUUGAAGAACUGUGCACAUACAGGUUUCUCAGCACCUACAGAUGUAGCUCAUGUAGGCAACUUUUGUUUCUGCAUCCUAUUGUAUUUAUUUUCUUUAGCAUGAGGUCCGAUUGAUUGAUUGAUUGAUCAGUCACGUUUUUUUUUUCCGAUUAUUUGUCUUGUCUCAAAGCAAGUACUACUGUUAUCUUUUGAAAAUGGGAUUAAUGUGUGGUCUGCACAGAGACAAAAGUACAUUCCCAGCUAGGAGUGGGAGAUAUGGAUCGGGAUGUAUAUGGUGUAAUAUCAAUAUUCAGAACCAGACAAAAAUGUCUGUUUUUGAUCUAGGAAAUAAAAUAUAUGACAAAUCAUCACAUUGAUGAAAAAAAAACAACAGUAUUGCCAGGAAUCAUAUCCUGAGUAUUGAUUAGUAAAAUUACCCAGAAUGGCCUAAUACACCCAGAGAUAUUAAAGGGAGGGCUACCACUCUAUAAAUGGUUUAGCUAAAGCUCUGACAAAAUCCCACAGUUUCACAGGAUCUAUCAACAAUGGAAAUAUUACACAAAUGGGACAUGACGAGACUUAUGUUGAAAAAGACUACUGUCAAAAAAUAUAACUAAUUUAACUCUAACCUUUUGUUUUACUUGCUUAAAUGUACCAUUAACACAUUAGCUAUCAUUUUAAUGUUACUAACUCUUUAAAUUGGCGUGUUGAUCUCAUGCUGUUAUUGGUGGAGAAACAAUUUGUGUCAAAUGCACGGACUGUAAUCUGUUUCAAAGUUUAAGCUUAUUUCACAGUCAGUAUGGUAUCUUCAAAAUCAUUGCCUUUUCAACUGUCAUAAAUUACAAGAAAUGGAUUUGUUGUGUUUCAAUCAUGAUGAAGCAAAACAGGAAGAAGUAGGAUUUCUGGGGAAACAUGCUUUAAAUCAGAGUUUCUGAUGAUUGCAGUUAAAAUGCAUGCAAACAUUAAGAAUGUACUAAGGGUGUAAUAAGAAGGAGCACCUUUCGGAAUGUAAGUUUUUGAAUAUUUAGUUUUUACUUAAACUUGAAUUGUCACUCAUGUUUUGUCAAAUAGUGAUGAUUUGCAUGAGAUUUUAUGAAGAUAGGAGUUGUAAUGACAUUUUCACGCUACAUACAUAAAGCCUUUAGAUGAUUUUGAUGUUCUUCAGUACAGUUGCUUACUGUUGCUGUGUGAUGUUCUAAAUAAGUUGUGCAGUGUGUCAAACAAAAAUAUCAAUCUCAGUACAGCCUUCAAAUAACACAAGUCCAAAAAUCCCUUUUAUACUUGUCUUAUAUGGACUUUAAUUUAAAUGCUUUAAUGUUGAAAUUGACCUUUUAUUUCUCAAUUGUGUCUUCACUCCAUGCACACCAUUUCAUUAUACUGACUUGAAUAUACUGAAACAUUGCUUUGCUAUUCAACAAAGACUAUUUUAAAAUCUUUUGUAAAUUACAACAUGACACAAGGAAGAAGAUGAAAAAAAAUGAAACAUUUUAUACAUAUUCAGUAAGAAGAGUGGUAUAUUCAAAAUACGUUGGAAACAUAUUUGUUUAUUUAAUUGUUCUUGAAUGGGAGUUUCUAUUUAAAAGCAUUGCAGAAGGACUGCUGUAAAUGCACUUUUGAAAGGGCUUUUUGUCGGUCUGUAUCCCUUGAGCCCCUUUGUGCCAGUUGAUGUUUUUUUUGUUUUCAUUUGUAUCUAGAAAGUGUGUGAUUGUAGACGUUCACUGCUGGAUUUGUCAAAGGGAAGCUUUCACUCUGUCUUAAACGAUUGUUGACAAAUGUCCAAUUGAAAUAGCAUGUACAUAUAUUACAACAGAUUACAGCAUUUUAAGAUUUAUAAUAGAAUGGAUUUAAGGUUGUUAAGAAAUAAAUAAUGAUUGUGUGAUAA